CAAAGGUGUCCGGGCGCGGCCGGAAGUGGGGGAGAGGCCGGGCCAGCCAUGGCGGGGGCUGGACCUGGGAGGGCCGGGGGCUCGUUCCGGGGCCAGGGCCGGGGCCGGGGCCGGGAGCAGCGGCGGCCCCCAACCUGGGAGAUCUCGGACUCGGACGCCGAAGGCCCCGUCCGCGCGGAGGCCGCCGCGAGGGCCCCGGACCCGGCGGAGGAGCGCAGGGCGGCGGCCGAGGCGCUGCGGCUGCUGCGGCCGGAGCGGGCCCUGCGGCGCCUCGCGGUGCGCGUGGACCCAGCCAUCCUGCAAGACGCUGGCGCCGACACCCUGAUGGAGGCCCUGGGCGCCCUGGGCUGCGAGUACCUCAUCGAGCCGCAGCCCCAGGCCCGCAGCCUCAGGUGGAGCAGAGUGAGGCCCGACCCCUGCCCCCGCGGCGUGCCCCCAGAGGUGUGGGCUGAGAACGAACAGGAAGUUCUGCUGCUGCUGGAGCCAGGGGAGUUUCUGCGGGGCAUCGCCCGGCUGCCCAAGGUCCCUGGCCCAGGCUGCUCAGUGCCCUGGAUUUGUCCUGAAAGCCCCGCCCGCCCCCACCUGGCCAUCAUCGGGCUGGACGCCUAUCUGUGGUCUCAGCAGGCUGGUGUCCAGGGGACACAGUGGCAGCAGGAGAGCCCAGCAGCACCCGGCGCCAAGGGGGCCUUCAGCUGGUCCCAGGUGGAGGAGGUGAGGCCGGGCCAGGGCCUGGCACUUGGGCGGGUGUUCCCGGGGGCCCUUGCCCGGGCCCACCCCAGAGUCUCACCUGCUCCUCAGGCCCUGGUGCUCCUGCAGCUCUGGGCAGAGCUGGACGUGCUGCUGGUGGCGUCCUGGCGGGAGCUGAGCGAACAUGUGUGCGCCUUCACCAGAGCCCUCGCCCAGCGCCCCUACAAGUGUGUGCCGCCCCUACCAGAACGGGGGCUCAAAUGGGGGUGCUGGCUGGGUGUGUGCCUUAUUGGAGCCGGGGGCUGGGGGGCAGAGCAAGGCGAAGCCUCUAGAAGGACGCCGCGCUCCGCUCCAGGCGAUACCAGGAGUCCCAGGCCUUCUCCUUCUGCACGGCUGGGCGCUGGGCAGCAGGGGAGCGUGUGGCACGUGAUGGCACGGGGCUGUGGAGGGCCUGGUGCCGGCAGAUUGGGCAGUUUAACCGAGUCAGCACGGCUAUGGCUGAGGCCGUCGCAGCCGCCUUCCCAUCCCCCCGCCUCCUGCAGCAGGCGCUCGCAGCCUGCAGCACUGAGCAGGAGCAGCAGGCCCUGCUGGUGGACCUGCCUGUGGCGGCUAGAGGGGGCACGCGGCCCCGCAGGAUGGGGCCUGACCUCUCCCGCCGCCUCUGCCUCUUCCUGACGGCCACCAACCCCGACCUCCUGCUGGACCUGGGCUCCUGACCACCACGGGACAGGAUGGCGCCACCCCUGCCUGGCAGCACAGGGCUCACCUAGAGGACAGGCUGGAACCCCAGGGGGACGGGGAGCGGGAAGUAGCAUCACCUGCAGGUGGGACUCCCAGGACCCCUGCACCUCCCACCUGGGCAGGUACACGGCAGGGCCUCAGGCCUCUGUCUCCAGCUGGGUCAGGCCUGACUCCAAGUUGGGUGCAGGUUGGGGCGGGGGCUGCGGGUGGGGUCGGCAGCACAGGCUCAGGCCAGACCCCCGGGAAACCCCCCAGGCCGCAGGAACAGGCCCCCAGCAGCCCCGUGACAGACCCCCGGGUGCCUGGAGGCAGGAGGCCCAGAUCCUUGGUCCCAGGAAAGGAAACGGGCUCCUCUUCUCUUGGGGCAGAACAACCAGAAAAAAGCCACCAACACUCAGGAACCCCAAAACCUCGUCUGGAUUUGUUUAAUUUUACGGCUUCUGCGGGGGUCGGAUGUGUAAACGCCACGUUUCUCACAGGGACUCGGACGUCCUCGGGACAGAGGAGCAGUGGGCAGCAUGCAGAGUGGGUCACGGGAGGGCAGGGGCCCGGGUGCAGCCGGAGCGGGCAGGGCUCAGAGUGGCCGCCCCAGGCCGGGCCUGCCGCCCUCUCCCGGGAGGCUCGGGUGGGCAGCGGCCGCCCCCACUGGGCACAGGAAGCCAGGGGGGCUCAGGCACUUCCCAGGCAGGGUUGGUCAGGGUCACGCGGCCUGUGACCUUGCGAGGUGGCCGGGCCACCCCAGACAGACCUUGGCCCGACUCCUUCCUCUCCGUGGCCUGGGAGAGUGGCCGGAAGGAAAGGACGGAAGGCGGUCCCGGCCCGAGCCGGCCGUGCUCAGCGGGAGCCAGCCUAGGUCCGUCGGCGGCGCUUCCUCUGGCCGGGCCUGGGCUCGGGGCUGCCGCCGUGGGCCGCCGCCGCGGGCGAGGAUGCAGGGGGCUUGCGGCGGCCGCAGUUCAUGCUCAGCACCCAGCCCAGCUUGUCGUGCAGCACCUGCUUGAGGCCGGGCGGCAGGGGCAGGCCCUCGAGCGUGUCCCUCGAGUUGGGGCGCAGCUGGCGCAGGCGGUAGCAGCACAGGUACUGCAGGGAGGUGCGGCUGGCGCAGGAGCGGAUGACCUUCAUGCUGCUCUUGGCGGCCGUGGAGCAGACCAUGGGGUAGAAGCUCCUGUUCCGCAGCCGGGUGGCCGCCACGCCUGCAGGGGGACAGCACCGCGGGGCCUGAGGCGCAGCUGCCGUCUGGCUGCGAGGGCACCUGUCUGCGUCACGCCCGGGGGCGCCACCCUGCCUGGGGCGUGGGCUUCUCCUGGGGGCUCCCGGGUGAAGCAGGCGCCCCCCACGCCCUCACCUAUGCACUUCCGGUUCUUGAAGAAGGUCAGCGUGCCGUGCCAGCUGUCAAGGUGCACCCCGAUGAUGGAGCCCUGGCCGAACCGCGAGGAGAAGCUCGUCUUGUCUCCCUUGUGGUGCAGGAGCCCUGGGGACAGCAGCGGGGUGAGCCCAGCAGCCCGGGCAGCCUGGCCCCGGCCCCGGCCCCGGCACACACCCGUGUAGGAGAGGCCCCAGCUGUCCUCGUCGCGGCCUAGCAGGCUGCAGAAGGUGUGGUGGUACUUGUCCAAGUCCACGUCCGAGGUCCCGAUGCCCACCAUCUAGGAGCAAGGGGGCUGGGCAGAGGGUACAGGGCCGCCACCCCCAGCAGCCCCCAGCCCCACCCGCUGGCCGUUUACCAUGUCAGUGCCGUAAACAGGCGAGGUCAUCUUGACCUCCCAGAAGUGCUGGCCCUCAGCCAGCUCCUUGGUGCCCCGGACGGCCGCCGUGCCACAGCUGUACUCCGUGUGGAAGUGGACCUUGCGGUCGUCGCAGCUCAGCAGAGCAGCUGAGGACUUGUGCCGAUCGUCCCAGACCCAGUCGAAGUCUGCAAGACAAGAAGCCCCGGCUGUGACCGCCUGGGCCCGGGUGCCCCCCCACCUGGCGCUGCCCUGGGGCUCACACUCGUCCUCCUCUCCACAGCGGCAGUCCUUGCCCCGGCGCACGGUGUGCAGGCUGUCGCAGAGAGGGGCCUCGCUCUGGCCAUCGCACGUGCAGAAGGACUCCCCGGUCACGGGCACAGCGCUGGGGACGGAUGGCGGCAGGGACGGGCACUCGGGGUCAGAGUCUGCACCGCUGUGCUGGGAGGAGAGGACAGGCUGACUCGCAGUCGUCCCACGUGCUGCCCUGCCAUCCCCCCCGGCUCAGGCCUGAGGGGAGCCCCGAGUGCCUGCGGUCAGCCCAGCAGAGGCAGCGUGGGGCUCCCCACAGGUGUGUGAGGCCCCACAAGCCCACACCCCUCUUCCCAGCUCCCCCUGCUGUAGGGACGGGGCAACCAGGAGGCCUCCUGGGCCCAGGCCGAAGCUGGGGUGAGUGACCACAUGCUGGAGGCCAGUUCACCCCCAGCCCCCCAGGAGGCAGCCAGCCUGUCCACUCUGGGUGCGCGGCCCUAAAGCCACAUGGACCUCAGUACUGCCCCACUCUGGACUCCAAGCCCACCGUGAGGGGCUGAGGUCUCCCCGCUGAGGGCUGCACAGAUAAAUGCAACCUGCCUCUAGCUCAGGCAGGGCACAGCUGCCACCCCAUGCACCCUGCACCCCCGUGGCCCAGGUGAGCUCCUUAAGGCACCCAUCAGGCCCUGUUGCCUCAGGAUGAAACCUGCCUUCCCCACCAAACCAAGCAGACCCCCCGGGGCCUCCUCACAUGGAGCACGCGGGCUCCAGAAUCCCCUCCCCCGGCUUGUCUCGGGUGCUUUUUUCGUUGUACUUCUCUGGAAUUCUUGUUUGUCUCAUUUACUAUCUCCUUCCUCAUGCCAGAACGCAAUUUCCCUGAGGAAAAGAGCCUCGGCCUCCUCGUUUCUUUCCUGGUGCACCCCAGGGCCGGCACUAUGACCCCGCGCAGCAGCCAGAUGAACUGAAUGAGUGAGCGGGGAACCACUGCAGCCCAAGCCCUGGCCAGGGACAGACACCCGGAAAGGAGCCUGGAAGCAGCUCUCCGGGGGGCCACCAGGCAGCUCCUGCUGCCACAGACGGCCGCGAGGGCCCCAUGAGUGGGGGUGCAGGAGGGGGUGCUACCCCCAGGACAUGCCACAAGGAGCCACAAGGCAGGAGGCCAGUCAGCUCCAGGAGGGAACUUGCUGCUACCAGAGUGGACGUUAGGAUGACAGGACGGACACAUGGACACGGGCACGGCAGGCCUGCAGGGCUGCACCCCAGGGGCACACAUGGGUGAAGCCCAGAAGCUGAAGCCGGCCCCCUGGAGGCUGGACAGGACACCCUUCCCAGCAGCCAGGCCCUGUCCAGGACCAGAGGGGGAGGGCUGUGUCGUUCAGUCCUCAGGGUGCCAGCAGUGACCUCCCCACACGCGCGGCCUCCAGGCCCAUUAGGUGACAGAGCACAAGCAGCAUGCGUGUGUCAGAGACCUGUGCCCAGCCAGCAGGCACCCCACGCCCCACAGCCACAAGUCUGCCCUCAGACUCAUCCCAAGGUGGGGACAGAACCCCCACAACAGGUUGCUCAGGGUGCCACAGUCCAUGUGAGCUGGAGGUGGGGCAGGAAUGCAGCCUGGGGGCCUCCCAAGCCCGGCUGGGAGCUGAGGGGCCCCACGAAGGGGGCCGAUGCAGGCCAGCCCCCAGCAGAGGUUGCUGUCCCCGGGUUCAGCUGCCCUCACCCCAGCUGAGCAGAGGCCACACUUUCUGGGCAGAUGAGCCAGACCCGGGACCCUGGCUGUGCCAGAGCAGAGAGCAGGGCCCAGCUGGCUCAAGGGGAGCCGCUGCAGGGGAGGGACCCGCCUCGCCUGGCCCCAGCAGGUGCAGAGGCCACACAACCCUGCUCCCCACACCCAGCCACUUGUCCCACCAAGAGCCGGGGGCUACGCUCACACUGCAGCCCGGCUCCAGCCGCAAAGCCCGCGGGGAGGACGGACAUCCUGGCCUGGGAAACAAAUGCCUGAGUUCUCUCAACUGCCUCCACGGCCCUGGGCCUCCCUAGGUUUGGGGGUGCAUUGUGUGGGGCAAAGGACAGGAAAUUGGAUUUUCAGGAAUCAAGAUUCCUUUUUCCAUGCAUAAAAACAGAAUAUAAAAUGUCCAUCCUCACGGGGAACGACACUCA